UCCCCGUACACAUUGCGACGUCUCAGCUUCUGCACGACAAUCCCACUGUAAUAUCUCACAAUGGUGGUCGGACUUGAGAUUAAGAGAGAAGCAGGAAUGUCAGAGAUCGAACAGCCACUCGGACCUUGCAAAAAAAUUACAAAUUUUAGCAUAGAUGAAAUUCUCAAACCUGACUUUGGAAGACGGGUGUCAACGACACCCUCUCCACCCCCACUGUCGCCAAGAUGUGUGAUGACACCGGAGAGCUCCUCACCCAAGAGAGUGACCAAGCCCAAGGGAGGAACCGCAUCCCCCGGUAAACUCGAACUGCCGGCCUGGGUUUUCUGCACUCGCUAUUCAGACAGACCAUCAUCAGGUCCACGAUGUCGUAAGCCUCGCAAGAAGACUGAAAAACAAGACGACAAGCGUCCAAGGACGGCGUUUUCUACAGCACAACUACAGCGCCUGCGACAAGAGUUCGACGACAACCACUACCUAUCUGAACAGAGACGACAGACAUUAGCUGGAGAACUAAACCUCAAUGAGUCGCAAGUAAAGAUCUGGUUCCAGAAUAAGCGUGCCAAGCUGAAGAAGAGCACCGGUUCCAAGAACCCCCUGGCAAUGCGGCUGAUAGCGGAGGGGUUGUACAAUCACACGACAGUUGUCGUCAAGGGCGAGGAGACGAUGGACAUGUCUUGAACAGGACGAUGGUCAAACUUCCUUUUCUGGACUCCCUGGCCAGAAGUUGCUCCCCCUUUGACUCACGAAGGCGACAGCUACACUGUUUAAAAACGUUUGUUUGGAGAAUAUCCUGUCAAGAAGUCUACAGCUGAAUUUGCUCGAGAACUUUCAAAUUCUUACAUCAUCAAUGGCAAAUCUUUGAACUUUCUAUGUAAAUGACGAGCCAACCAGUCAACCAUUGACAAGCCGAUAAGACUGUGAUAUGUUCAAAACCAUUUCAAAGCAGAUUAAACGUUGACAGUCAACCUAAUAAUGAUGUGUCCCGCUAGACAUAAUAAACAUCAUGAAAAUGUGCUGAACAGCGCCCAAAGAUGAUUACUCCGUCAUGCUGAACACCAGCGAACGUGGAGACCAAAGCAAGGGGGAAAUGGACCGUCACCUUGUCUCACACCAGACUCCUCCGGGGAAUAACAGUCGGGCAGGCUGGAACCAUCGGUCUUUGGCGACGUCUUUGCCCGGUCAGAUCUUAGCUGAAGCGAGACGGAGCGAGACACAGCGAGACACAGCGAGAAGAGAUGAUGAGAAUGCCAGAAUGUUAUGUCAUAGUACUACAUCAAAGAACUGUUUUAAUGACUGAAAUUAAAACCAAACUUGUGUCAUAGAGACAUCGCAUUGAAGUUUAUUCGUUUCUAAAUAUCUCUUUAUUUAGGCGCCAUCCAUCAUCGGCUUAGACUAGUUGAUGCAUCAUAAUUUGCGUUGCCAUUGACUGGGUGACCAAACAUUGUGCUAUAGAUUGGUAUUGUCAUAUCAUGAACAAAACACGGUGCUAGAUUACGCCAUACAAUAACAUUGUAUUGGCUAGAGUAUUUAUAUGAUGAUACCGGGAAGGGUCAUCCAGUAUUAUGAUUAUGUUGUAUAUAGUGUACAUAGCCAGUAAGCUUGUUCUGGUCCUAAGCUAGUAGUUGCCAAAGUCCCACACGUGUACAGUAUCGUUAUUUCUUUGGUAUGGGAGUUUCUUUAACGUAGCUGUUUCAUUUUUGUCAUAACCAUGUCAAGUAAUACUCAGUUUAAUUUAAAGGCCUCAAUCCCUCACUAUCCCAGCUUCUUCAAGUUCUAUAUUUACCAUAGUACUAUCCUGCCAUAUUCUUCAUGACGCCUGUCUUUGUUUCCAUAUUUGUCCAUGUAUUAAUUGUGACUGUUGUCCUGCUCUUACGCCUUUAUUCACGAUGUUCAGAAUCUUACAUCGCUUCUUGUCUGCCACGCAAAACUCGUGUUUAUCUCUCUUCAUCAUCUUGCACGAUAACUCCUCCAUUCCAGCCUCUUCAUAUUCAACUGAUUAUCACGUACUGGGGUACGGUAAUCUCACAGGAACGCUUCCUUUAUUCGUGUAUCUUCUUUCUUUCCUCAUCAACCUUCGUCGUCCGGAGCAACCCUUUCAUUACCCCCCUCUCUCAUCCCUAACAAUAGCAACCCAACCUUACCUGCAGUACCCCUCCACCACGCAUAAUACCCUACCCUCUAUUCUCAUGCCCCAACCCUCUCCAUUAUUUCAGCCCGUCAUCGCUUCACCCCCACCCCAAGUCUCACCCAAUCUUAAACCAAGCCCUUCCUAAGCCCAAACCCACCUCAGUCUCAACCAUGCCCUUCUUCGACCAACCCCAGUCUCCCACCAUCCACCCACCAACCCCCCGCAAGAAACCUCCCUUUAGCCCAACCCCCACCCAGCCCUAGCUCAAUCCCGUCGUAGCCCUACCCCAGCUCAACCGUAACCCUCCCUUUUCCCGUUCAUUGACCUCCCCAGAUCUGGUGAUCACUUGUCACCCAGUGCUGUCAUUAUAAAUAUAUCAUCGUUGUCGCAUUUGCAUGAAUCCAACACAAAGCCUGUGAUAAAGAUUGAAUUUCAAAUAAAACCUAUGACUCAA